AUGGCUCAUUCAUCACCUACCGCGAGGUGCAUCUCACCACGCCUCACCGAUGGAGACUCACAAUUCUCUGCCAAGCCCGCUGUGAGAAACAGGACUAUCAAUGGAGCCGUCUCAAGCAAAUCAAGUGCAAGUCGGCUGCAUGACCAAGGCGACCAGCCCAGCUUGCGGCCGUCGAGGAGCAAUCUUCCACAGGACCAUCAGAAAACAGCUCGUCCUGCCAGCAAGAAGAAAGCCGGUGGCUUGCUUGGAUUUUUGAAGCUGAAAGAGCCUUCGACUUCGGCAUUGCAAGACUUUGCUGAUCACGAGAGGAAAAGGGCGGCGCAGAAGGGCGGCAAAUCCAUGGCGGCCGGCAUACCGAAUGCUUCGUCUCAGAAGCUGCCUGAUCACGUUCCCAGAGUCAACAGCAAAUGGAAUGGCCUUCCUGAGCCGUCAAAAGCCAAGCAACGGAAAACAACCAAUCAGGUCGACGCAGUGAGUGUGGCUGGUCCGAGAAAAUCUAGCUCUUCAUACGCUUCCUCUGGAAUAGCAAGACAGCUGGACAUACGGCCUCUGAAUGCUGGCAGUGGCGGGAUUCCAACACCACCGCCGUCUAUCAUACGCUCAGCCUUGCAAAACCAUACAAAUGGGUCCCCGAGCAACAAGCCACCGACUCCACAUUUGCUCCCGUUGAUAUCGCCACUUGAUUUUCCGGUGGAACGUCGAAUCCCUGAAGAGCUCCCAGUCCUCGAUUCCUCAAGCUGCAUGUCCGCCUCGCCUGAAGGAUCGCCAAGGACACCUGUCUUUGAAGAGGGAGCCUUCGGGCUGCCAAGACGUAGCAUGAAGACUACCAAGUUCCAAUGA